GGUAAACCCUACUUUUAUUGUCUCCUCCACUUGUCCGGAAAGCAUACUAUACACAAAGAGGAAGCACAUUGGCUACACCUUGAAGUCGCAAUCUUAUUUUUGCAUCCCCAAUGGCACACCUUACUACUACUACUAUACAGUAGCUAACACAGUUUUAAAAAAGGAUAUACUACACUUUUUCCAGGGCAAAGAGAUAUAACGCACGCAACGCACCGCCAUAGUAUACAACAGAGUAGAAAAGUAUAUAUUAUAUAAAAGUAAUGGAGCGUAUUCCAGAAACGAUAUACGAAUCCGACAGUGGUCAUCCUACAGAACAACCACAACAGCAUCAACCACAGCAACAACAGCAACGUCCUCUACCGCCGCCAUUGUCGUUCUUGAAUGAAAAUCCCGCACCAUCACCGCUGGGUCACUUUGCUAGUCCUAAACCUUCAUCAGUACAACAACCACCAAUAGCAGCAGCAACGUCGCCUUCAUCGUUUUAUUAUAAUAGUAAUAAUAACAACAGCAAUCGUUUUCCUCAACAACCACCAACAGCGUCUUCUGAACAGCAACAACAACAACAGCCGCCUUUUUCAUUACGCUUACCGUCGGUUCCGCCACAUCCAUUAAAGCGUCAUGACCCACCUUCAUUUCCGCCGAAUCAUCCUUUGGCAGGUCUAGCUUCAGCACAGUCCAUACAACAGGCUCAAGCGAGUCGACUGCAGUAUUAUCAUUCGCGCUCACCAGUCUAUGUUCCAAAACCAUCGUUUGGUUUAAGGGAUUUUGAAUUAUUGGAUACGCUUGGAACGGGUACCUUUGGCCGGGUGUAUUUGACCAAGUUCAAGGCGACCAGCAAGUUUUAUGCGAUGAAGGUGCUCAAGAAGUCCGAAGUGGUACGACUCAAACAGGUGCAGCACUUAUUGUGGGAGAAGCAGAUUUUAGCUUCGGUUCGAUUCCCAUUUAUCGUUGAUCUAUUUUGUACUUUUCAAGAUGAUACGAACCUGUACAUGUUAUUGGAAUACGUUGUAGGAGGCGAGUUGUUUUCGCAUUUACGUCGAGCAGGGCGCUUCACAAACGACAUGACACGAUUUUAUGCAUCGGAGAUCGUGCUGGCCAUCGAAUACCUCCACUCUAAAGAUAUCAUUUAUCGUGACCUCAAGCCUGAAAAUCUAUUGAUCGACCAUCAGGGCCAUAUUCGUGUGACAGAUUUCGGAUUUGCUAAAAAGAUUGCCGAUCGGACAUGGACACUUUGUGGCACUCCAGAAUACUUGGCACCGGAGAUUAUUCAAAGCAAAGGCCACGGAAAGGCUGCAGAUUGGUGGGCCUUGGGUAUUCUUAUCUUUGAAAUGUUGGCAGGAUAUCCACCUUUCUUUGACGAUAACUCGUUCGGGAUCUAUGAGAAGAUUUUAGCUGGCAAAGUUCAAUUUCCAGCACAUUUUGAUAUGCUAGCAAAGGAUCUGUUAAAACGACUGCUGGUGGGUGAUCUUACUAAGCGACUCGGUAACUUAAAGGGAGGGUCAGAGGAUGUAAAGCGACACAGAUGGUUCAGAGGUGUGGAUUGGAUAGGUCUUCUGGAUAAGACUGUCAGGGCACCCAUCGUACCGAACUAUCGACAUCCAGGCGAUACUAGCAACUUUGAAAAAUACCCAGAUCUCUUUGAGACGGACCGUAAUGCUCCAGCAGGAGAUGAUCCUUUCAAGCAACUAUUUGUUGAGUUUACUAUGUGAUACCUGAACAACACACAAUUUCUUCCUUCCUCCUCUAUUAUUCUCUCUGUUUCUCUUCCUUUUCUUCAAGCUUUUGCCUUAUUAUCAAUCUUUUUCUUCCCAUUUGAACCCCUUCCACAACUACACAACACAACAGCAGCAACAACAAAACAUCAUGUUGAACCUUUUUAGUUAUCGCAAAUAGAUAAAAAAGAAAAAAAAAUAAGGAACGGAUGUUUCCGAGCAGUGGACAAUGUCUCACAUAC